AAUUUUAUUAAUUUUAUUCAAAAUACAACUAUGUUCAUGAAUUAAAAUUAAUUCACAAUCAAUUUUAUAGAUUUAUACUUAGCAAGGUAUAUUUUCGAAAACGCGAAGCGUUACGAGUAAGUUGUUAGUAAAUAAUAAACAUAUCGGUUUUUAACCUAAAAAAUGAACUAAAGUUUUUUGGAUGAUUUGUGAAUGAAAAUAUCUGUUGUAGAAUGUAUAAAAUAGAGGUGGAUCCGAAGCUUUUUAUAACUUGUCGAUUAUGUUUAGAUGAAAUGGGCCAGUAUCAAAUUGAUCCAAAUGUACAAACACAAAUAAAGUACUGUUUUGAUAUAGAUGUUGAUCCCUUCGAUGGUUUACCUCAGUUGAUCUGCAAAAAGUGUGAGACUAUUUUGUCAGACUUCCAUGAAAAAAAGAAAACCUAUCAAGAAAAGCAACUCGGUCUUAAAAAAAAUGCAAAGCCUGCAAAUAAUUGUAUUGUGACGGCACCUCUACAACAGCAGGAUACUGUAUCGUCAACACAAUCGACUAUACCUGAAACAAAACCUCAACAAUCAUUUAAGUUGACUUUAAAGAAGAAGCGAAAGUCCCCAGAACCAAAUUCAAAUGAUUCACUUGUAACGAAAAAUCAUGACACUAAAACAGUACGACCUUGGCGUAAAAAUUACAACAAAUACUUCUCGUGCAGAUUGUGCCAAGUCGUAUACAAGAAUAAAAAGAUUCUUAUGACACAUAUGGAAAAGCACGGGACGCUGCUAGAAAAAUAUGGCCACAUACUAAAGAAAUGUAAAAUUCAGUUGCCCAGAAUCGAUGACAAAACUAAUUUCGUCAGCUCUAACGAUAUGGUUGUUAUGAAUGAGGAUCAAAUUCUACUAAAUAAAUAUGAUCAAUACCGCGUGAUAUAUAUUAAAAAAACUUCAGGUUUUCAAGAGAAAAAAAAUUCUUCCGACUCAUCAGAUGACGAUCUCAUCACUAAAGGGAAACGUAAAAGAUUAAGGCUAGUUUCUCAAAGCUCCAACGAAACAGUUGUGUUAGAAGAUCCAAAAAAGGAAGAUGACUUAGAAACACCUGGCUCGAGUAAAAGUAAAUUACAAAAUCAUAUUAUUGAAUGUGUAGAUAUUGAUUCAUCAGAUCAAGAGCCAUCAAGUCCCAAAACUUAUGAAGGACGGAAACAAAUCAUUCGUGAGGUUGUUGCCUCCUGUGUCAAGAAAUAUUUGAAUAAUGAUAACGACAAUUGUAAGGAUAUGCAGUUGAAACAUAAAAUUCUAAGCAUAGGCCGGAAAGUCGUCAAUAACAAAUCUUUUAAUUGCACUGGACUAUUACGUUACUUGGAACACAAAAAUCUGGAUAUUGAAUGGAUUCCUAGAGUUAGUCAAAAUCCAGAGACAGAUUACGUUCAUGUCAGAACUAAAGUGCUGGACAAUAAAAAUGAUGGUGAAGCAGGAUGGAUGAUUGCGAGUGAACUAAAAGGUUCAGACAGUAACACUUAUAUGGAAAAUUUACAAAAAAUACUAGAAAAUGAUAAGUUGCCAACUCCAGUUCAGAAUUCAACAGAAGAGCCAACAGUGGAGCAACAAGUGCCUUAUGAUAAUACCGAUACUAUGCUAUUGAAGCUUUUAAAUACAAAUCCCGUUGCGAAUCCCAAACAACUUCCAAAAAAGACCAGAGAGGCUACAAACAUAACCGAUUCCUCUAGCGAUACAAGUUUAUCUAUGCCCAUCAUCACGAACACAGUAUCCUUGGCCGACACAAUGAGUGAACAAGUGAAUGAAAAAUCAAAAGAGCCUACACCAUUUGUACCGCGAAUAAAAGUAAAACCCGUCUCGCAGUUAAUGCCAGACAAAAGCACGACUAUAACUGAGACCACACCAGCGCAAGUCGCUUGGACUAUACCAGAAAAACCUCAAAACCAAAUCUCCCAACCCGAUUGGGUGGUGAUGCAUACCGUUGAAUUGCCGCGAACAAAAACUCUCUCGCCUUUUAAAUACUUUCAAAAUCUGCUUCAAAUGCACGGUAUUACCUUGUUGGACACCACUGCCCUGGUGCCGAGUGAUUUCGUUUCUCUAAUAAAAUUCAAAUCAGUGUUUAAGCAGGAAACAAAACGCGUCACACUCUCGCUGGGCCUUCUUAGUGACUCAAGACAGUUCUAUAUCAAAGUUACCGAAUCAACGAACGAACAACUGGAUAUAAAUACUUUAAUACCUACUUGGCAAUGGGAAAUCCUUUCUCUAUAUAAAAGUGAGAUUGCUAUUAAUAUAUUGGAGAAUUCUAAGAAAAUCAGCCAAAAAAUGUAUGAUUCGACAAAUUAUUUUAUCAGUUUGUUGAGGUCCAUCGUAUUCAUAAGGCCGUAGAAGCAGAUAUGAGACAGGAGGCAAAUCAGCUGGUGUAUCACUUAAUGAGGUGCUUACUGCUGCCCGUGAACACCUGGAACUCUGGGUGACUUGUGCAUUGCCUUAAAGGGUACGCUCCUCUCUCGAAGGUUUGGAACUGUUCGCAAUGGAAAUUGUCAUUGGAACAGAUGUGAAUUGAGACUGAAAUUAUUUUAAUAAAUGUAUUGUAGCCAUAGUUAUACGUUGUCUUUAUAAAACAAAGAAACAUUAACAACCGGACAUUUAGCUUUACUUAAAGCUUUAAAUGUCAGCUGUCAAGUUGUCAUGUCAAAAACAAUUUUGACGUAUGUUAUAAUAAAACUUUGUAUAUUU